AUGUAUUCGCGAGCAUUGACGUCAACUGAAUACUCUUCGCGGCCACACAGAUCGUCGCCGCGGCUAAAUAUAGACCCCCUCCUUGCCAGUCCAUUUGAUCUCGUCUCAUUAUAUGCAAAUCACCGCAGUCGAUCUUGCAUUCAUCCAACAUCGUUACCUUAUGCGUCCAAUUUAGAUUGGCUAUAUUUCGUCGAAACAUCAUCCCAUGAAGAGGAAGAUAUCGCAAUAAUCAAUUGGCCAUGUUGA